GCCACUUACCAUAGUAACCGUGUCAUGCUCGAUACAAAAUGCGGCCACUUGACGACGUAUUAGCUGCUCCAGGCGCGCUAGUCUUAGUUAUUUGCAUUUUUGCUCCAUUAUUUACACCAUUUAUUCGGAAACAUGUGCGGCCAGUUGUCCUCGACUUGGUCUACAAACACUGCGGCAUGGUGGCGUCGCUGCAGCAGCGCUUGCGGAACCCCUUACUUGACGUGCUUGUUAAGAUCACGGCCUUUACCGUGUCGGUUGAGUUCUACCUGUUGGCCAUCCCGCCCAUCAUGUGGCUGGGUGGCCCCUCCGGCGGCUCCGCGGCGAUGGCCAUCUGCCUCUGCAUGGCCGUCUCCACCUACAUGACCUGCGUCCUCAAGGAUCUUCUCAGCUGCCCACGACCCGGACCCGCAACUGCUGCCGCUGCAGCCGCAAGUGCGGAAAAGAAGAACGGCAAGGCCGACAAGCGAUUACCAGCAGCAGCUGACGCCACCGCAGCCGGCACCGCAGCCGGCCCUGGCGCAAACGUCGCAGGCUCCGGCGUGGAGGUGUUGGAGGCGGCGUACCGCGGGGAGAUCGAGAUGGGUGCGCCCUCCAUGCACACCUGGUGUGCACUGGUGCUCCCGGCGUACAGCGCAGUGGUAGCCGCACAGAUGGGCCUCCUGGGGGGCCCCACCGCCACCACCACCAUCACUACCACUACCAGCAGCAAC